CUCACUGCUCAGCUAUUCAGUUUUGGUACGCACACGCACAAGGUGAAAUCGACAAUAAUUUUUGCACAUUACAAUUAUAUUGUUGAUUUAUAUUGUUGAACAAUGAAAAACUUGACGGUAGUACAACGCGCCAGUCGUGUAUUAGACUUUUUGGAAAGUCAAAUCCAAGACUGGAACGAUUCGAAAAUAUUGCAUGCCGUCAAUUGGAGUACCAAUGAUUCUUACAUCAUUUCAAAAUGCAAAUUCUACAAAAUACCAUCGAAUUACGAAGAAGGUAUAAAGAUUUAUGAUAUUGACGAAGAUUUUGAGUUCAUUAGCUUGGAGUACUGUAGAAUAUCGGAGGAAUUAUACGGAGCCUGUAAGUCCGGCGAUAUCAUGAGGAUAAACGUGGACUCGGAAUUUAAAUACGAAUUGAUAACUCAAUUAAACGUAGACUUACAGUCUAUGAAAUUAAGUCCGGACCACGAAAUGAUCGUCAUAGUCACUAUAAAUGACAUUGUGAUCACGAUGGUAUCUGCUUUUCAAGUAAUAUCGGAGGUAGACUUGCAUGCGCCAGAAUUUGGUCAAAAACAAUUCGUAACUGUUGGCUGGGGCAAGAAGGAAACCCAGUUUCAUGGAACUGAAGGAAAGAAAGCAGCUACAGCAAAACCAGUAGAGAUCAAUAAAAAUGAAUUAGAUGAUGGCUUAUGUAGGAUAAGCUGGAGAGACGACGGUUCCUUAUUUGCUGUCAGCUUCUUGCAUCACGAAAGCAAAGCUAGACAGUUCAAAGUGUUCGAUAGGGAAGGUAUUUUACAGUACACCAGUGAAUUUAUCAAUGGAUUAGAAGAGCCAUUGUCUUGGAAACCAUCUGGUAGCCUAAUUGCUACGACACAGGUUUCUCAGAACAAGCAUCUGGUCGCGCUAUUCGAGAAGAAUGGUUUAAAACAUAGAGAAUUUGCGCUUCCUUUUAAAUUAAAGGAAGUUAAGGUGAAAGAUUUGUUUUGGUCUCCAUGCUCUGAGAUUUUAACCAUUUGGUGUGAAAUCCAGGAAGACCGUUCGUCCGUCCUACAGAUGUGGACAGAAAAUAAUUAUCAUUGGUAUCUGAAACAGUCGAUCAAAUUUCCAAUGAACGAGCCUCUGAUAUAUGCAACCUGGAAGACAGCAUUUCCUUCUAAGAAGCUUAUUUUAUUGACAUCCAAAGAACUUAUUACACUGGAAUAUAACUGGUCUGUUAAUCACAGUAGAGGCACAUCUGUGACCGAUAAAUCUGUUAUCGGAGUUAUAGACGGAUGUAAAGUACUAAUGACUGGACUUAGAGUAGGAAUUGUCCCUCCUCCCAUGGCACAUCAAACUCUAGACACUACCGAACCCAUCAACUCUGUCGUUUUUGCUCCUGAACUAGAGAACGAACAUAACUGGAUAGACAGCAACGCAUUCUUUUGUGUUUCUGACAGUAACAAAUUGAUGUUCUACAGACAUCAAAAUGAUUGUUCCCCGUUAAAGUACGAACAUGUUGGAACGUACGAUGUCAAGCGUGAUCUAAUCAAUCGUGAAAAGUCAUUUUACGAUAUGCAUCACUUUCUGUGGCUCGAUGAAAAUACUGUUUUGUGCUCGACGUCGACGAACAGUCAGAGCUACCUUUGCGUUUUGACGUUAGAGUCGAUAGACAAUCAAGCCCAGGGACAGAUAACGAUGAGCUAUGCUCACGUCGUGGACGGUUUGAUUCAACAGAUAAUUCCUUCUCCUGAUUUCAAAGAGGCAUACAUAAUCGUGGACUAUUCCGUUAUAAAAUAUACGAAGGAGAAGGAGUUACUACCCGUCGGUAUGCAAUUGGAAGACGUCAAUUUGUCUAAGGUAGAAGUUGUAAAAAUUGGUACGAAGCAUGUGGUACUGUCGUUGAACUUUUGGGACUUCCGAAUAAAUGGAAAACAAAUUUGUAACACCGUCACGAGCUUCUUUGUCCAUUCGGAAUUCUUACUUCUCACGACCGUUCAUCAAACUUUGAUAUCCGUUCGUUUGAACGAAGAGGAUUUCGAGGAGUUGAUCAAACAGGAUUUAACCGUGAAGCCGUGGGAGAACAACACAAACACAAAAUCAUUUUCAGACAUAGAUGUUAGGAGAGUGGAAAGAGGAUCUUGUUUGAUCGCAGCUAUCUCGAAGGAUUCGAAAACCAUUUUACAAAUGCCUCGUGGAAACUUGGAGUGCGUUCAACCGAGAGCCUUGUCUCUGUACAUCAUCGGGAUCUACUUGGACAACUGUGAUUAUUCGUCAGCCUUCGAUCUGAUGCGGAGACAACGAAUAAACUUGAAUCUGAUCUACGAUUACGACCCAAGCAAAUUUAUCGAGAACGCUAGUACGUUUGUGGAACAAGUUUCCAAAGCAAGUUGGUUGAGUUUAUUUCUAUCAGAGUUGACGGAUGAAAACGUAACCACGACGAUAUACGGAAGUUAUUACCGGAAGAACCGGUCGAACGCAAAUAUCGUCGAAACGAAUAAAAUAGAAACGGUUUGCGGUUUGUUACGAAAGAUCAUGGAAGAACGAAAUAAUAUCAAUCAGUUGAUACAGCCUAUACUGAUAAGCCUAGUGAAGGAGAAGAAAGAGCAAGGGAUAGAAUCAGCGCUGACCAAGAUAAAGGAAAUACGAAAGCUCGAAGAGAAUUCGACGAACGAAGAACAUGUCAAGUCCGACGAAGCGCUAAAAUAUUUACUAUAUAUAGUGGAUGUAAAUGUCUUGUUUGAUAUAGCUUUAGGAAUGUACGAUUUCGAUCUGACCAUGUUCAUCGCGUCCAAAUCACAGAAGGAUCCCAAAGAAUACAUUCCGUUCUUAAACGACUUGAAGAGACUCGAUGAGACUUAUAUGAAAUACUCUAUUGACUUACAUCUGAAACGUUACGAGUCUGCUCUUCAACAUAUAUCCAAAGAUCUGAAUAGAUUCAACGAGUGUAUAAACUUGAUACGUACUCAGAAUCUGCACAAAAAGGCUUUGAGACUGUUCGACAAGGAGAGCGAACAGUACAAAGAGGUGGCAAGAAUUUACGGAGAAUUUUUGCAGAAGAAACAGCAUUACCUCGAAGCUGGAAUCAUGUUUCAAAGAAGCGGUGACUUUAAGGAAGCGUUGAACGCUUAUAAAUUGGCUGGCAGCUGGCAAGACGUCAUCACGCUAUCUGUUAAAAUGGAUCUAAGCGAAGCGGAGAAGCAGCUGCUUUAUAAGAAUCUCGUAGACCGUUUGAAAGCGGAUAAGAAGUAUGAAGAAGCCGCGCAUGUAUCGAUGAACUAUUUGAAAGACGUGGAGGAAGCUAUAGUUUGUCUGUGCAGUGGUAAACGAUGGAAAGAUGUUGUGAGAAUCGCUUACGAUACCAACAAUUUAACUCUGAUCGAAUCGCGCAUUAAAUCGAGCAUGUACGAAUUCGCGAAUCACACGAUGUCUCAAAUAGAAAAGAAUGAGUGUGACUUCGAACGGUACAGGUCACGUCUGGCGACGGUCAGGCAGAACAUCUCGCAAAGAAAUCUGAAGCCGUACGACGAAAUAUGUGACAAUGAAUCCGUAUGCGGCAGAGGUGUUUCAGAUAUUCUGAGCGAUACAAGUAGUGUAACUGGUUCAACUACGAGUCAAAGGUCGAAGUCGUCAAAUUUGUCCAAUAAAAGCUACCGAUCGAGCAAGAAUCGGAGGAAGCAAGAAAGAAAGAUUUCAAGCUUAAGGGAAGGCAACGUUUUCGAAGAUAUGGCGCUGAUACAAGCCUUAUAUCAAAUCAUCAGCAGCGUGUAUAAAGAGAAAGAAGACUUCCGUUCGCUGAUACAAAUGCUUGUAUACUUCGGUGAUGACGAAUACGCGGAAAAGAUACAGACUCGAAUAGAACAGUUCCUGCUAGUGAUAGAGAAGAGUAAAUCUGAAAUCUGGGAUAAAUCUGCACCUUCAAGCCUUAUAGAAAUGGAGAACGCAGAAUUCAUGGCAUCGUCAGAUUUACAAGGACUAUCUACCUGUCAGAAAUUAGUCGCUGAUCGGACGGAAGUUCACCCUCUACGGAUGUGGACGUCGUAUAGAUGAAGAAAUGCCGCGAAAAUCUAGGGGUACGAUUGGCUCAAGGAAUAGCCACGUACUUCAAAUGUAUUAACAGUUAUACUUCAGAUUUUUCUCAUUUCAAUAAAUUUCUAAUGUUCUUUUUUA